UGGAAACGAAUCGGCAUCACGGCAGCUUGUUAAUCAUAAUUUGUACUAUGCUAAUAUGCAGACAGACGACUGCGUUUCAUUUCUAAAAAGUGAUUUUUUAACAUGUUCCGGGACAUUUCGGGUUCUUGUUGGUGUAACAGGAAGUGUCGCAGCUUUGAAACUGCCUACUUUGGUUUCCCAGCUUCUUCAGCUCCAUGGGGUUGAUGUAAGAGUAGUCACUACAGAGCAUGCCAAACACUUCUACAAUCCAGCCGAGGUCUCAGUGAAAAUCUACAGUGACAAGGAUGAAUGGGAGCUUUGGAAACAGAGAUCUGACCCUGUGCUACACAUUGAGCUAAGACGCUGGGCGGACCUUUUGGUCAUUGCCCCCCUUGAUGCCAAUACUCUUGGAAAGAUUGCUUCUGGUAUUUGUGACAAUCUUCUGACAUGUGUAGUAAGAGCCUGGGAUACCAGCCGACCUCUCCUCUUCUGCCCAGCUAUGAAUACGGCAAUGUGGCUGCAUCCCAUUACAUCCCAGCAGGUAUCCAGACUGAAAGAGUUUGGAUAUGUGGAAAUCCCCUGCAUUGCUAAGAAGCUAGUUUGUGGAGAUGAAGGUAAAGGUGCCAUGGCAGAGGUAUCAACUAUUGUCAGUGUUGUCAAACAAUAUCUUCAAAAACCAGAUGAGUCAUCACAGAAAGCAUGAACAUCAUCGCACAGCACGAUCUGACACCAAAAGCCAGUAGAAAAUAAAGCACAAUGGCUUGCCUUCACAUUUGCAUGUAAAAAGUACUACGCUUGUAGCACACUUAAAGUUGCUUUCCUUCUUCUUUCUUUUUUUAGGAUUUUAUAGGGUUGGACAGACAUCUUCAGUUUGGACUCUUGAUAGGGCAGGGCACUUUUGCCUGACAUGUGACUCCUAACAUGUUUUGGUUCAAACUGCAAAGUCUGUAGUCUUAUCAGCCUGAAGGAUACAAGUUUUAGCUGUUUAAAGUUAUCGUGGCUACAUAACAGUAUUCAGGUCAAAUUAUUCUCCCAGUUUUAUUUACCUGUGACUGUGUAUUUCUGUUGUUUAUAAUUUCAUUUUUUUAGUAUAAUUAUAUCAUUGUCUGCUAAAUGUGAUUGUAAAAUCUAAGCUGCUAGACAUGAUUUAUUUACUUUUGUGUCUUUAAUGAUGGAAUUGAAUAAACGGUGGCAGUAUCAAAG